UGCAAAACGAUAAAGGUGGGAGAGGUGGUGGGAUCUGAUCUCCUACACCGCACGCAACCCAUUAAAACUCGCAGCUUUACGACUCCAUCGCCAUCACCGCCGUAACUAAAAAAGAAAGCAUCUCUCUCUCUCUCUCUCUCUGGUCUCACUUCCUUCCUUCUAGAGUCUCUUCUCAGUCCACUCCUGAAGAAGGCCUUUUUUCCCAUGCGGCGGUUGCUUCACAUGCUCUUCGCUUCCCGAAUCGGCGCGUCAUCAAGAGGAGUUCGCGGUUCUCUUCGCGAUUCCUUCGAAUUCCAUCGGCUUCCCAUGCCUCUGGACAUGGAGUCUUAGUCGAUUCUCGCGUUUUGCGGGAUCUGGUUGUUUCUCUCGCGGCGUGAUUUGAGCGCCGAGGCGGGGUUUUGAAGUUUCAGCUUGGAGAGAGAGAGAGAGAGAGAGAGGGAGGGAGGGAGGGAGGAAGAAGCAGAGACGGCUUACCGGAGCGAUGUCGAUGAAGAGAGAGCGAAGUCGAAGAGCCUCGCGCUGCUUCGCGUAAUGUGUACGAGUACGUGUCUCUGAUUGUGGAAUAGCCUUUGCCGAUAACAAGCGGAUGCGGUGAGCUCGAGCAGUCGAGAUGAUGGAGAAAGGAUCGGAGUAAGGAGGCGGUCUAAAUGAAGCGCAAGGCGAAUCAACAGAAAUCUCAGCACAAAUGGAGGAGGAAGCUGUUUGCGGCGGUUUUGUUGGGGUUUGGCUUCGCGAGCUUGAUGUUGAUGCAGACUCAGUACAGUCGCGUUGUGAAGUUGGCUUCGCUGCAUUAUCGCUCUGCUCCCAAGCCCAAGAUCGCCUUCCUAUUUAUAGCGCGAAAUCGACUUCCGUUGGACAUAGUUUGGCACGCGUUUCUCCAGGGUGAGGAGGACAGAUUUUCAAUUUUUGUCCAUUCAAGGCCUGGGUUUGUGUUGAACAAGGCAACUACAAGAUCGGUCUAUUUUUUAAAUCGGCAAGUUAAUGACAGUGUACAGGUGGAUUGGGGAGAAGCAACCAUGAUAGAAGCAGAGCGUAUUCUUCUUAAACAUGCACUGGAAGAGCCUUUUAAUGAACGCUUUGUCUUUCUAUCAGACAGCUGCUUACCUCUAUAUAACUUCAGCUACACAUACGACUAUAUAAUGUCAACAGCAACUAGUUUUGUGGACAGCUUUGCAGAUACAAAACAGGGACGUUAUAAUCCAAAAAUGGGUCCAAUUAUACCUGUUCAUAACUGGAGGAAAGGAUCUCAGUGGGUUGUUCUAUCCAGAAAACAUGCGGAAGUGGUGGUGAAGGAUAAUACAGUCUUUCCAAUCUUUCAGUUGCACUGCAAGCGGAGGUCACUACCUGAGUUUUGGAGGGAUCAUCCCCUUCCAGUUGAUGCAUCAAAGGAGCACAAUUGUAUACCCGAUGAACAUUACGUGCAGACCCUACUUGCUCAGGAAGGCCUUGAAGAAGAAAUAACACGAAGAUCUCUGACACAUUCUUCAUGGGAUCUUUCAUCCUCUAAAGACCGUCAGCGUCGUGGAUGGCAUCCUGUUACUUACAAGUUUUCUGAUGCUACUCCAAUGCUAAUAAAAUCCAUAAAGGACAUUGAUAACAUCCACUAUGAGACAGAAAACCGAAGAGAAUGGUGCAGCAGCAAAGGGAAGCCUUCACGAUGCUUCCUGUUUGCAAGAAAAUUCACCCGGCCUGCCGCACUCCGGCUUCUAAAUGACUCUGCACUGGGAGCUUCCAGAGAUAAUUUGUAAAUCCUGACCUCAAAUGAAGUAUACACAAUAGUAAUCUUUAUGUAUUAGAAUAGCUUCGAUUAGAUCCAACUCGCGCAAAGAAUAUCGUGUGAUAUGUGUGUAGAAUAAAAGGUAAAAGGUUGUAGCCUAAGGAGAAGGAAAUAUAGGGAAAUACGUUAUACAGGGUAUGGGCUGUUGUAAUUGAUUUGGCACUUGAAGCAAUAAAAGGAGAGGAUGGUUUUCCCCUU